CAGUACGCGUGCUGCACUGGUUCAUUGAAUCGCAGUGUCAUGCACCGGGACAGUAGAAGCGUAGACGAAAAUUGAACUCGGUGCGCGAAAAAACUCCCUUCAAAAGCCAAACUCUGCAGCUUUGCAGAGGCCCCCGUAUUUCCACCCCUUCCAAGAUGGGUUCCGACCCACGCCUAGACGUGGCCAACUUCAAGAAGUUUCUGCAGGAGUUCAGCUCGACCCACGCAGGCACGGACAACCUGCCGUUUUCUAGCCUGACUUGCCACAUGACCAAGGAGGAGAUCGAGGGCGAAUGUUUAGAGUGGGUCACCAAUUGCCUUGUCGGCCAAAACAAAGCUCCUUACGUUUUGGCAGCAGCCAUUGCUCGGGCCACUGUGGACAUCGUCCUCAGCAAGGACCUCACGAUAUUCGUUGUGGAUGACGAAGGAAGAUACGGUGAUGAUGAUGACAUCACAUGCACAUUGUACGAUGCGGGUCAGAUCUUCCCGUUGGUGUGGACCACUGUCAAUGACCUGUGCGAGCGCUGGAAGACGGACCUGCCCGACCUGCGUCUGCCCCCGCGCCUCCACCAGGUCUCCCUCUACGCCGUCAAGAACACCCGCAAGAGGAUGGAGGAUAGGCACGUCAUUGUGCCCGACCUAAAUGCGCUCUUUAAUCUCAAGAAUGACAAGGAGAGGUCUUUCUAUGCCGUCUAUGAUGGCCACGGGGGCACGGACGCUGCCAUGUACGCCUGCCAGCAUCUCCAUGGCAACGCCAUCCGGCAAGACUGCUUCCUGGACGACCCCUCCAAGGCGCUGGCCAAAUCAUUCCAGAUCACCGACGAGGGCUUCCUGAAGAAAGCACGUAGGGAGGGUUUAGGGAGUGGCACUACAGGUGUGGCGGUCAUCAUAGAAUCGGACACGCUGCACAUAUCGUGGCUGGGGGACUCCCAGGUGUAUCUGAUGAGAGAGGGUCAGCCUGUCACGCUCAUGGAGCCGCACAAACCAGAACGACCGGACGAAAGGAGCCGGAUCGAGCAGCUGGGAGGUUGCGUCCUGUUCUUUGGAGUCUGGAGGGUCAAUGGAACACUGGCUGUGUCAAGGGCCAUCGGUGAUCCCGACCAGAAGCCUUACAUAAGCAGUGAUGCCGACAUGACCACCAUGCCCCUAACGGGCAACGAAGACUGCAUCAUCAUUGCCUGUGACGGGCUGUGGGACGUGGUGGAGCCCAAGGUCGUCUGCCGCAUCAUCCAGGAAAGUAUCAACGGGGCCAGCGACAUGGACUCAGUGGCCCACCGGCUCGUGGUGGAGGCCAAGACCAGCGGAUCCAAUGACAACAUCACCGUGCUGGUGGUGUUCCUCAACCCCACCCAGCGAGAGAUCAAGGACGAGGAGGAAGAGGUUGAGAUGGACGGGGCGGCUGACCCGGAGCAAGUUGAUGAGAAGGAGGAGGAGGGCAGAGAUGAAGAUGAGAAGAAAGGGGAUGGAGACGAACAUCAGGACAGCAUGGAUUCUGAAUCGGGCAGCCAGGAUCCCCAGUCAGGCAGUCCAGAUCCCCAGUCCGGCAGCCCGGAUCCCCAGUUGGGCGGUGGGGACAGUACGCAUGGCACCAGCCCUGCUGAGCCCUCAGACUCUGAAACCAAUACAGACAAUGACAAUCGUUCCAGACGGGGAAGUGACCUGACAACUCGUCGCCGUGCAGGGUCCCAACCCACCAGCAACUUGGCCAUCGGGAGCAGCGUCAGCCCCAGACAGGGGGAGGGGAAGCGCUUGGAAGCCCGGCGGCGAUCCGGCUCGGAUGACUCUGCCUACCUGUCAGGCUCCUCCCCUCUGGGCUCUCCCUACAGCAUCACCCCCAAAGCCAAGAGCAGCACCCCCAAGAAGUCCAUCAGCAUCAAUAGGCACCAGUCCUUUCCUUCAUCGACAAAACGGCUCGGUAAAAACACCUGUCGAAUUCGCAAGGCCCGUUCGGUAAAAACCACCAACAAGACCAAUGCAGCCAUCAGUGACCUGGUCACACCCACCUCCAGUUUAGAAAUCUCGUCGCAGGUGCAGCAGAGGGAGAACAACGCCAAACGGACUGCACCCGCCGUGUCCCACAAGUCCAUGCCUGUCACCAUCAAGCCCAAAUCAGUGCAGGGUGCCAAGUCCAUGCCGCGGCAGUCCGAAAUGGUGGGAAUGCUGAAGAACAAACCCAAGUUCACCAGCAAAAGUCGCUUUUCAAAUCUGGACCCCUAGACCUAGGUGGUCCCCUCCCCUCUCCCAUUUGUCUGUGCACCCUGUGGCCUCCCAAAAUCUGGUGUCCUGUCUUCAUUUAGAGGUGUCCAUUUGUUUGGCAAGGUUGUGGUGGUGAGGUUCCCUGUCCGGCCUGGAAACAGUGAGGUGCGGUGUCUGAAACUGCUUGUAUAAAAGGGUGUGUCUUUGUCAUGAGGGUUGGUCUUUGACUGUGAGGGUGCCUCGUUGGUGUCGUCACAGAGGCUCCCAUCUCAUGAAGACUGCCAUCCUGAUCAUAGCACCUGGCUAAGAGUUGACACAUGAGUGGGAGACAAGGUGUCCUUGCAGAUGAUCACUCCUAAUCCCCAGGACUUUCUUUGAGACAGUUCCCUUGCAACCCCCAGAAUCCAACACAAUCUUGGUGUGUCCUGAUUUUGGUUAAAGUACACGUCCUUGCUCUUUACCAAAAUCUAGACAUAUCAAAGACCCAUGUAUAAAUAAACAUAACAGUGUCUGGCUGGGACAGUCCCAAACCUACCAAAAUACUACAUCAAGUACAGGCACUUCAAGUGGGCAGAGUAGAAAAUCUGCAUAAGAUGGAUGUACCCAGGCGAGAUUUAAAGAGGGGACAAAACUGUUUUGGUUGACUUCUGGUAAAUUGGAUCCUCGACUUCUCCAAGAGGUGUUCAUGUAUUCAUCGUUGGUGGGACCUGUCAUGAAAUGAUCAUGUCUUGUGAAUGUUGAGGUGCCUUUUUAUUUUCCCAGUUCCUGUAGGGGAUAGGAGCCAGCCAGUGUCACAUGGCUGAUCAGUUAAUCUGUUGGAUCCUAAAAUGGACUUAGUUUUGCCACCUGACAGGGUGUAAAAGGAAGGAUCAGUGUCUGGUAAGAUCAGAUACAUUCACAGCGGAGUGAAGUGUUUCCUGAUAUAAUACAAAACCCAAACGGUCUGAUGUUACAUGUUGCACAACUCUUUAUGAAAUAGUUAUAUAUUUUUAGGUGGAUGUGCUAAUUUUUUUUUUAUCGGUAGCAAAAACACAAGAAAUUUAAAAGUGUUUCCAAUCUUCGAAUAGUCGAAGGAUCACAUUCCAAAACUUGACAAAAUGCACAAUUUUUGAAGAAACAUUCAAUGAAUACAUUCGAGGUAUUUCCAUAUUGCUAAAUACUUUGAUAUUUUUAUCUCGCAACUGAAGCAGGUUUUUUAUUCUCGUGUUCCUUUUACAGAUCAUUUUCUUAGAUGGGUCCAAGGUCUUACACUGUGUCAAAAUUACCGAGGGAUUAUUAUACACGUCUGAGGCAAAUAGCUGUAUCCACUAACCAGUGGCUUUCAUAAACGUGCUAUGAACAGUUGUAGCCAACUAAUUUAGACAUGCUCACCCAAGUUGUAACUGAGCCCAUCACACGUCAAAACAGUCCAGGGAUGUGAUUUCUCCGUUUUUGUCCCGGUAUUUUGGGCCUCAAAAGUCGACCCUCGUGAAUCGCACAAAACCGUUGAGAAAAUCAGGGGGGGAGUUACAAUAUGCUAAUUAAAUAUUCAUAUCACGCAUGCAUGCCAAAAUGAACCGAAGAAUAGACUUACAUGUACUUGUUUAUUCUUUCUUCUCGAGGAUCAGACACGUCGGACUACCUCGUACGUCUGCGUUAUAUUUACAAUGUACACUGUACUUGUAUACAAUGUACUGUACGUACAACGUACGUUUGCAUUUCUCACACGUCCUCAUACCUGAGAACGAGGUUUUACAAGACUGGUAUCUCGCGGGCAUUAUAUGUGAGUAAAAUGUGAGACCUGGCGCUCGUAUCGAGCCCAGCUGCGCCGUACAUACGCACACUGCUGUGUAAACCGUACGCACACGAUUUGACUACACACACUUAUAAGAACGAUGG